AUGUGCUCGAUGGUGGAGCGCGAGCCGGAGGUGGGACUCCUCGGCGACAUCGACGCCGAAGCCACCCUCACCCUCAUCGAUUCAAACAACAAUAAGGACAAGAUGCGUGCCAAUCAAAUUGCAGCCAAGCUCAACGGGCUCUCGCUGGACACGGAUGCGAUUGCGCUAGUGUACGAGGACGACGAGACCGACAGCUCCAGUGAGUUUUUUACAGCGCGUGACGGCAGCACAUCGCGCGAAAGUUCGGAGGAGCCGAAGACGUCGGACGCCGAUUCUGAAAAUACAUCGGAGGCCGAUUUGAUGGAAUACGCGCCAAUGUUGCAGGACCUGGAGGCUGUGUGCACUAUUGGCACCGGCACCUUUGGACGAGUCCAACUCACCCGUCACCGAGAAACCAAGAAGCACUACGCCCUGAAAGUGCUGAAUAUGCAUAAGCUCGUCACGACCCGUCAGGUCGAGCACGUUCACAACGAAAAGCACAUUCUCAAUUUGAUCCAGCACCCGUUCAUUGUAAAUUUGCAUGCCACCGAACGGGAUGAGCGCAACCUGUACAUGAUUAUGGAAUUCGUGCCUGGGGGUGAAUUGUUUAGCUAUCUCCGAGCCGCUCGCCGCUUUUCCCUCCCCAUGGCCACCUUCUACGCGGCCGAAAUCACCUCAGCCCUCUCAUUUUUACAUUCCAAAAAUAUUGUAUACCGGGACUUGAAGCCGGAAAACUUGAUGCUGACGAAGGAGGGGCACAUCAAGAUGGCCGAUUUCGGGUUCGCCAAGGAGCUGCGGGAUCGCACCUACACGCUUUGCGGGACUCCAGAAUAUUUGGCGCCAGAAUCGGUCGCAAAGAAGGGGCACAAUAAGGCCGUGGAUUGGUGGGCGUUAGGCAUCCUCAUCUACGAAAUGCUCGUCGGCAAGCCACCAUUCGUCGGCAAAUGCGCCCAGCAGAUCUACGCCGCAAUCCUGGAGCACAACCUCAAAUUCCCCAGGAGCUUCGACCUCGUCGCAAAGGACCUCGUCCGGAAGCUCCUUGAAGAGGACCGAACCCGGCGGCUGGGUUGUAUGAAGGGGGGAGCUGAAGACGUGAUGGGCCAUCGGUUCUUCUCCCAUAUUAACUGGGAUGAUGUGGAGACGAUGCGGCUGACGCCUCCCAUCGUCCCCACCCUCUACCACGCCGGCGACACGGGCAACUUCGACUCGUACGAAGAAAACACCGACCCCGGACCCGUCGGCACCAAAGAAGAGCUCAAACUCUUCGAGAACUGG